AUGAUAAUUUUGCGUUACGGGACAGAACUUCUAGAGGAAAAAUUAUUCAAAACGGCACGAAGUUGCCUGGACGCUGGUGGAGCGUUUGAGGUGGAAGAAUGGUUAAAACGAGACAAAUUCCAGUAUUUAUACAGGAAUUUUGUUGUUGAGCUUCUAAUCGAAUUUCCUGUGGGAAUUUUCAGCGUACGUGGGCAGGACAGUUUCCUCACUAUACUGAAAUCACUCCAAACUUUUAUUCUUGUCAACAACUUCUUUUUAUGCCUUGACUCUUGAGGAGGCCUUUUGAAACUGUCCUGCCCACGUAUGCUGAAAAUUCCCACGGAAAAUUUGAUUACAAGCUCAACAACAAUAUUCUUGUACAAAUACUGGAAUGCUUCUCGUUUUAACUAUUUUUUGGACAAAAGAAGGAAUAUUUUUUUAGGAUUCUUGAGGAACAACUGCUGUAUAACUCAUCAUUGAAUCCGAAACAAACCCAUUUUCAGGAAGGAAAAGCGAUCGACGGCGGUCGGAUGGGAAGCGGCCGAAGUGGAAGAGCAGCAGAAAGAGGCCUACCGUCGGCCUCGAGAUACCCUUCUCCAGCUCUCGGCCACCUUUAUCGAAACGGCGACUGUUCGGUUUGAUCACCCCUGAAAAUACUUACCGAUUACCAUGUUCUCAGACUGAAAGAGCUGACGAAACUCAGCGCCAACAUCGAACACGUUAAAAUCCAAGAAGUCCUCGACCACAAAUGCCACGUCAAACUCGGCGAGAUUGCCCUGGCUCUUCUCAAAAUCGCCCCAUAUGAUCUGGCGACAAUGACUUGUCAGGGACUGCAAAAGUGAGGGAUUUGAAAAAACAGUCAUUUUUCAAAAAUUCAUGUAUUCUGAAGCAUACAGGAUCUGAACUAAGACGUUUUGGCAUCUUUUGGCUAGUUUUUAGGUCCUAUAGACCCCAAAAAUUAAUUUUAUCUACUAAAAUGAUGAUUCAGGAGCUCAAAAAAGGCAAAACUUUCAAAAACCGACAAUUUUCAGAUACUUCACGGCGAUCCUGCCCGUGACGGACUGGUCUAUCGAAUCCAACCGCUCGGCUCUGAACAUCAUCCUCCGACGGCUGGACAAGACCCUGGCCAAGAUCGCCAAACGGCAGAGCAUCCGAAGACGUGUCAACUGGGUCGCGAUCAGCUGCUGGAUCAACGGCAUCUGCGACACCCUCAACGCCUUCCCCUACAUUGCUCAUCUACAUCCCUUGAAGGUGCUGACCAAGAUUUUGAGAGCCUAGAAGAAGACACUUCUGGAGCUUUUGAACAAGGGGUAGAAGCUUCUGAAGCCUUUUAAUCGAGGGUGAGAAGCUUCUGAAGCCUUUGCUUUGAAAGAAAGAAGCGAAAAGCUUCUGAAGUCUUUGAGCUGAAAAAAAGAAGCUUCUGGAGCCUUUGAGCUGAGAAAAAGAAGAUUCUGGAGCCUUUGAGCUGAGAAAAAGAAGAUUCUGUAGUUUUUGAACGAAGGGAAAGAAGCUUCUGAAGCCUUUGAACCAAGGAAAUGGAGCUUCUGAAGCCUUUGGGCUGGGAAAAAGAAGCUUCUGAAGCAUUUGAAUCGAGAAAAGAAGAAGCUUCUGGAGCCUUUGAUUCAAAGAGAAGAAGCUUCUAGAGUUUUUGAAUCGAGAAAAAAGAAGCUUCUGGACCUUUUUAAUCAAGGGGAAAAAGCUUCUGAAGCCUUUGAGCUGAGAGAAAGAAGCUUCUGAAGCAUUUUAGCUGAGAAAAAGAAGAUUCUGGAGCCUUUUAACCAACAUAACGAUCUUCUGAAGCUUCUGGGCUUUAAAAAAGAAGCUUCUGGAGCCUUUGAAAAAUGUCCUGGGAGCUUCUGAGUCAUGAAAAUUUGAAAGCCUUGAGAAAUUCACUGAACUUGGUUUUUAAGCUUUUAGUAUCGCCCAUCGCCAAAACUUUACAUAUUCUGAAAUUGACAAUUUUUUCUCAACAAGGCAUCAAAUCCCUUUCUUCUCUUCUCUUUUCAUUUAACGGUGAGAGAAAAGAGAGCGCAGACAAGUCAGGCUGUUUGAAGACGAAUGGGCUAUAAAAUGAAGAGCAAGUCGACGAGUUCUGUAGUUGAGCUCCCCGAGGAUAGGUCAUGUGCCUAGAGAACAAUAGAGAAGUUACAGACGAUCACGCAGCUCUGCCUGAGGAUCAUGGUCGGCGAUCCAUGCCUCGAGGACGGCGCCCCGUCGACGGCCCUCCACCCGACUACCGUACUCCAUCCGACCACCCCGCCUCAGAUUUUCAGCGUCGCCGUCCUGCGGCUCACUACGCUGCUCAUGCAAGCCUUGGGACAGGUCCUUCUUUGGGGUUUUCUUUCGAAAUGGAAAGUUAGGUAGUUGGGGAUUUUACUUGGGGAGGAAGUUCGGAUUUUUGAAAAUACAUACUUUAGUGGCAGUAAAACGUCCAGCUCCUGUAGCUCUCAAUUUUAGCUCAAAUUGAAAAAAGUUUCAAACAGUUCCUCUCAUUUUCCAUAAAAUUCUUUGCUUGAGAGCUGCGUCGGGCUUAAAAAUGGCCGGGCCGAGACUGACGGCCAGGCCCUUGCACAAGCCUGGCUAUGAAGAGUUAGAAUUACUAUAAUUUUCAUCGACUCGACCUUCAAUAACGAGCUGAUGAUACUCUUUCCAGUUCGCCUUCUCCCUGGAAUUUGUCACGAGUACUGAGGGAAUGGGCGUGUCGGCAGAGCGGCUCGAAGCGGUCCUCGUUCACGUUUUGAUUCCUCUGUUCUUGAGGGUUCAGAACAACCCGAAAGGUGCCUUUCUCUUCAGAAAUUCGUUUUUUUGGCCCCAAAUUAUGUUAUUUCAGUCUUUGGAGAUAUGGUGUUUGAAUGUGACGAGAAGAAUUUCAGAAACUGUCUUAAAAUGGGAAAAUAUAACAGAUUUGCUUACUGUUUCUUAACUUUUCAAUCUUUCAUAGUCCAACUCCUUAAGUGAUUUUUUUUGAAAACCCUAGGAUUUACUAUGAAGUAGAAUUAGAGGCCUUUUCAAGAGUAUUUUCGAAAUUCUGAGCUUCUCCUAACGAAUUUAUUGACAGAAGCCUCGAUAUUCCAAAGCAAAGACCUGAACUAUUGUCUCUCCCUGAUGCAAAACGCCAUUUCUCCACCAAUUGCCAAGCAAUCCGUCGCCCCUCUCAUCAGCACCUCCACCUUGGCAACGACCUUCAUUAGAGGAACUCAGGGACAUGGUGAGGGCGAAUAGAGAGCUCCUAGAAGCUUCAUUUCUCUCAAAAAUGCGCGAUUUGCUGCAAUUUGAAGAACUUUGUAGCUAGGAACUAUAGUUAGAAAAGUUAGAAAGUGCCAAGAAUGACAGUUUUUGAGGGAUUGAAUGAAGUAACUCAUAUAUUUAGAGUUUUGAGCUGAAUUUUUCGAUUAAAUGAAGAAAAAGGUUUUUUUUCACAUGGAUGAAGAGGUGUGACAGCAUUAUUUUUAUCAGGGAGAAUACCUUUAAGAGGUAUUCAGUUUAAUGAAGAUUUUGCUAUCGAAACCAUCAUUUUUCGGUUCAAAGUGUCUUUUUAUUCAAGUAGAUGAUCUUUCAGAGCUACUGUAAAUUUUUUGAUCUGAUUCAGAUAUUGGAAAUUAAGCUGAAGGUACUUUUAAACUUUUAUCAAGUCACAAAAUAAAGUUAAUUUCCGUUGAAAAAACCCAGGUCACGUCAAAAAUCGGUUUUCAGAAGACUUUUUGUAUUAUGUUUCAACAAAAAGGUUUUUUUUUCUCAGAUCUGAGCGGCCGGCAAGGAUCAGUUUCUGUGACGGAUCGUGGCCAUUCAGCCACGGUUUCAACCCAUAGAAUCGUCCGCGAAAGUGUCUGCCAAUGCAUUUAUCUUGGUAAAAAUGGGUUGAUGGUCAUUGGAAAAUAAAUGACGUUUUUCAGCCCUGAAAGUUUUGAUGUUGGCGUUUGGCAAGCUCCUGACGUCGAUGUGGCCGCGGGUCGCCCGGAUUGUCAAGGGUGAGGAAAUCGCCUUUUUUUUGUUGAGGAUUAUGCGCUCCGUUGAUAAAUUUGAAGAAGAAUAAAUAUAAUCUCGGGAAAAGAUAAUUUGCUUGAUAUGGUUCGAAAAUUGAAGGUUUUAUUCAUUUUGGGAGGUCUCAAUUUGAAAUUUCAACUUUCAAAACGGAAUUUAUAGCCCCACCGUCACACUAGUAGAGGGAAGUGUAUUGAAAAAGUAGGGAAAACCGAUUUUUUGCGGCUUUUUCCUGUAAAAUGUGCUGUAUCCAAGCUAUUUUCCCCAUUUUCGAUAUUCUCCAGAUCUGAUCGCAAAAAAGCCCGGAGCUCCGAGUGCCGUGGCUUUCGUCGAUUUUCUGCUCCAUGCCAACCUCCCCAUCGCCCUUUUCAUCUUACCUUUGAUCCAGAAUAAGGUGAGCCUCGGGAGAAAGAUCAGGAAUAUUCAGGAGAUUUUUCAGGUCAAGCAGAAGCCGGGAAGUGAGCAGGACGCGGCCUGGCAGGCGGAAAUCCUCGAGAAAAUCGACGCCAACAGACAUAAUACCGUCCCGGCAGCGGUUCUUCUCAAUCGGUCCGGAUUUGGAGUGUGAAAAAACUUGUGUAUGAUUGGAAAUCGGGAAAGACUGUUCGAUAUAACUUGCGGAUUGCUCAAAAUUCAUUUUCAAACCGGGAUUUCGGUUUAUUUUCCUGAUGGGGAAUUGUAAAUAUAUGUUUAUUUGUUUAAAAGAAAGGAUCCAACUCAAAAAGGAACAACUGAUGGAUAAAUAGUAGGAAGAUAGAAUGAUUUGUGAAAAGUAAAGAAAAGGAUGGAAAUUUCAGUUUUACAAGAAAGCUUAUCGUAAAGCCGAUUAACACAGGCGAAUCGAGAGGUACCAUAAUGUGACCACAAAGGUACCUCUCAUAAUGGAUCGUGGAGACCCCAUAAUUCGUCCAUCGUGAGACUUCCGGCAUACUUUUUAGCUAUAUCUGAACCACCUCGGAGGUACUUCAGAGUCUCUCAUUUUGCUCAAAGUCCUCAGAGGUAUCCUUGAGGUACCAUCGUGAGACUUCAGAGCCUGCGAUAUACCUCAGAGGGUCUCGCGAUACCCUUUUUCGUUUCGCCUAUGAAAAAAUACCUUUUCAGCGCUUUUUAAAAGUUCAAAAUGGAACAAGGUCUUUGAAAUUGAGAAUAUUGACCAUUUUGAAGCAUUUUCCUCAUUUUCCUGGGAACAUUCGUUUUUUUUUUGUUGCUUAUAUUUAGGGGGCGCAAAGCCCCGCCCCUUCACGCCACCAAAAUGACGAUUUUUUUGUUGCAAAAACGGUUUUGAGGCGUUUAUACUAGCUAAAGUCCCACUUUAAAAAUGAACUGUUUCUGUUAAUCUAUGUAAUCGACAACGCUCUACAAGACUGAAUAUUUUUUUAAACUAUGUAUUUUUUUCAAAAAAAUAAGCGAAAAAAAGUAAGAUUUAACACAAAAAAACUGACAAGUUUCACAAAAAUCGUCGCGUUUCAGAAAAAGCAAGUGAGGAACGCUUCUAAAUUUUAAGUAUGUUAUACAUUAACACUUUCUUUUAUUUUUUUGAGUAAAAAAAUAAAAAAUCUACCGACGCGAAAAAAAUAUUAAAGCUUGUAAAGUGACACCAAACUUUGAAGCUGAAAUGCGAAAAAAUUUCAGCGAAAUGGUAUACUUUUUAUUUGAUUUAAAAACUAACAGUGUGUCCAAAAAUAAAAAUUCAAAACGAAAAUAAUUAUUGGGACAGCGAAUCAAAUUAUAUUUGAGUUUUACCAAAACCUCCUUUUUUCGCCUGCCUCGUUGACGCAUGAGAGAAUAGGAUCGCGUCUAUAUUUUUGAUUAUGUUAUUAAGCGUUCAAAACUCUAUCAAUGAAAAAAUUAUGAAAAAAAUCGAUCGACGCGAAAAAAAUAACGGCUUUGAAAACCUCGAAAAAAUGGCAAUUUUUUUUGAAAUUUCGGAAGAUUUCGUGCAAGCGUCCGUAGCAGUGUUUGCGUCAAACACACCGAUGCGCCCUUUUAAAUGUCGCAGGAGCCGUUUUUCGGAGUCAAAUUGCACUUUUUCCUGUUUUAUUUCGAAAUAACAUUAUUUUUCAUUUUUUCUUUUUUCCAAAUCGAAUGAUAAUAAUUUUUCUGAGUAGAAAAAAGAAAAAUAAGCUGAAAAAUCCCUUUGACCUUUUUUCUAGGUAGUUUUUUGAUAUUUUAUCAAAAAUUCUUAUGAGGAUUGUACAAAAGAUUCAUACCAAAACAUGAGGCUCAGUUCGGACAACCUCUCAGAACAGAAAACCGAUUUAAAAACGGUCCUGAACCGCGUAAAAACAUUUAAAAAGAAAGCGUGCGGCAGCGGGUAAACCGUGAGAUUUUGCCUCCAGUUGUACGCCGCGCGCGCUCGUUUUUUGGCCAUAACUUUUUUCUUAGUGAAGCUUUUUUCAAAAACUAAACGGAUUAUGAAAAUGGACAGUCUCCUCUAUCGAACAAUGUGAAAAACAUAUUUUUUGAAUCGUUCUGAAGAAAUGGCUUGCGGUCCCUACUUAUAUUGCUUAUGACGCUUUAGUAAUGGUUCAUAAUGAAGACAGUGGAAGAACAUUUUGAGAAAUUGAUGUCUCAAUUUUUUUCAGUUGCUACAGUGAGCUGACCCUACUGCGCGAGGAGCUCUCCUUGAAGCCGAUGGGUUGGUUUUUCCGGAUUUUCGAAAGAUCAAAAAGCCGAGGGCUUGGGCUAUCACAGGCUACUGAGAAGCUUCUACUAAAUUUUGAAAAAGUCAAACAAUAUUUUUUAAAAUUAAAUAGAACUCUAUUGUUAUCAUUAAUUGAAUUUCUAAGUCCGUAUAACAUUUUCAAAGUGGUUACGCGAACUUCAAAAUAGCUGUCAGAUAAUGAAAAAAGACAACUAAAUUUUGGAGUAACAGAGAAAAUUCCACGACAAUUUAUAAAACUUCCGUACCCAUUGGUUUUUUUCAAAAAUCGUUGCCUAAUCAUGAAAUAACUCUGAUUUUCCGUUGCCUAAUCAAAAAGUAACCGUCCCUUUUUUUCAGAAAUAACCCGAUCCUACACGCCGACGAUGGCCGACCCCCACUCGGAUUCGUCGGCUGCCUCGGUGGCAGUCCGGGGCGCCGGCUCUCGUCAGAGUAUCGACCGAAGGGCCAGUACUCAUGCCAAGAAGCACCUCCCUACCAUGAAGGUUCGUCUUGACCCGAAGACGUCAGAUGUGGAGACGUUGUAGGAGGCCGAAGGAACCAUCCUUGAAGACGUCGAGGACGAAAGCGGCGAGAUUCAAGUGGGAACCGGGCAAGUUCCGGUAUCCAGGGUCAUCAAGAGUCCAAGCGUGCCCUUGAAUCGGGUAUGAACCACAAAAAUGACCCCUAUAGGGGCCACUAACAUUAUCCAUGUAGGGGACACUAACUGAAACCCCUUAAGGGGCCUCUAUAGGGGCUGAAUUGGUAUAUUUAUACCUAGAGGACAACUUCCAAGAGCCCCUAAGGUUUGAAAACUGAAAUCCCUUUAGGGGCCGCUUUUGCAAGCUUUAGGGGCCCCCUAUAGGGGUUGGUUUGGUAAAGUGGUCCCUAGAGAGGAACCUUAAAGGGCCUCUAAGGUUUGCUAACUGAAACCCUUUUAGACACCACUGCUUUUGCAAGCUUUAGGGGUCCCUUUUUGGGGCUGGUUUGGUAAAGUGGUCCUUCAAGGGGAACCUAAAAGAGCCUCUGAGGUAGCCCCUAUAGGGACCACUCUGGAGUCCCAUUUCUUUCAAGACUUUCCCAAGUUCUCCCUGUAGGAUAUCAAACAAAAGCUUGAACAAAAAAAAAAUUCAACCAAUUUUUUUCCAGUUCUCCUCCUCGACGCGGACACGAUCUAUCGGAGGCUUUGGAAUGUGGCGAAGUGUCCGCCGAAAAUCGCGCCAUCUGUCGACGGACACGGAGUCGGACGGAGAACGGAGCAUCGAGCUGCACGAGGUCGUCACCCCUCAUCCGCCCGUCAUCGUUGAGACUGUCGUCAGUUCUUUUCUUGAUCAUUUUUCGAAGGACAUGAACAAGUACCCUUUUUUUCAUUCAAGCGAAAUUACGGCACCAUGAAAAAAAUGAAUAAGUUAUCAUAAAAAUCGUAAAAAAAGAGCCGUGUACGUGAAAAAAACCACUUCAUGCCACUUUGGCUUUUCAAAAAUUGAUUUUAUGUUUUUUUGAGGGGCAGUGAAAUCUAUCAAUUGAUUGAUUGAUCGAUUGAAAAAAAUUAUAAUUUGCAGAAUGAGCGGACGCCGGUGAGAAGGUCGACCGAAGGACUCGUUUUUGCCGCUCCAUGA